AUGGAAGACUCUUCAGACCCAUCUACUUGGGUGUCCUCAUCAAUAUUGGGCUCAGAUCCUCUAGCAGCCUUUUCCUCUGAGUCUAGUCUUCUGCCACCAGGCGAAGACGCAGAUGCGUUCUUCUCCAGCCAGGACACGGACUACACUAACCUGUCCACCUUCUUCUCCAACUCGAAUCAGAGUCGAACACCAUCCACCUACAGGAACAGCUCAAUCCGCCAGGUGUUCACCUCCCCGAGUCUCCUCAGCAACCUCCAGUUGCUGGACGGGCCCACCAAUCACUCCCUGGGCUCACCGUACAAUCCUCCAGACACCACCUGGACCAGCAGCCCUUUGACCAAAACUACACUCCCGACCUCUCUGUACACGGGGGUAUCCUCAAUUCUCACUCCUUCCAGGGAUGGAUACUCUUCUCCUAAUAGGGAGACCAGGGAAAGUCCUCAGCCACAGGAAGCCCUCAAGGCUGAGCGCAUGAGCCCAUUAGGAGGGUCGACGUCCUGCAGCGGUUUUCUAAAUCUGACCCCUGCUGUCGGAAGCAUGUACACACAGACGUCUCACUCGCAUACACAUAUGCUGAGCCCUUACAACCCAUACUUAACAGGCACGCAGGAGUACACACCAGUCAACUACUACAACAGCCCCAGUGCCUGGAUAAACCCCACGUACUCCCCAAAACUUCGCAACAAAAUGAGAAUAUCCACGCCAGAGGCCAGAGAAUGUGUUAACUGUGGAGCUACAGCAACCCCUCUGUGGCGCCGCGACGGCACGGGCCACUACUUGUGUAACGCCUGUGGACUGUACCAUAAGAUGAAUGGCCAGAACAGACCCCUGAUCCGACCCAAGAAGAGAUUGAUUGUCAGCAAACGUGCUGGCACACAGUGUGCUAACUGUCACACCAGCACGACAACACUGUGGAGGCGCAAUGCAAAUGGCGAACCUGUGUGCAACGCUUGUGGACUCUACUUUAAACUGCACAAUGUCAACCGACCCCUCACUAUGAAAAAAGAUGGCAUUCAAACUCGCAACAGGAAAGUGUCCAACAAGAACAAGAAGAGUAAGAAGGCAGCCAUGCUGGAUCCGUUUGCAGAGGUCGCUCAGCCGCAUUCACUGGAGGAUGGCGGGCCCUUCGCUCUCGGCCCUGCCACUCUUCUGACUUACAGCCACACACCCCACCUCAUUCCGGGUCCAUCGCCUCUGCACAGCUCUGCUCCCUUACCGUACUCGCACCACUGCAACCCGGGCAUGGUGCCCACUUUAGUGUGA